GCUACAGCUUCCAUCAGGCACUACUUCAACGGAACAGGAAAGGAUGUGGGGGCGUGGCCCCAACGCCCUGGUAGCUUUGAAGACAAACUACAACUCCCAGGAUAGCCGCGAGAUCUCUGCAGAGCGAAAGGAGUGACUGAACUCUGACUGGAGGCCGGGCUGGUCCGGAACCACCCCGACAGUCUCCAGAAAGGGGCGUGGUUAUAAUUUAAGGGCGUGGCCUUACAGGCAGCAGGAAGAAGUUACCUGUUGAAUCUUCCUAUCCAUUCUCUUCCCAGCCUUUGUAGCUAACCCUAAGAGGGAAGCCGCAAACCACUAGCCUCUUCUGAAAAAGAGGUAAGUGGACGUAGACAAGGGGCAGCGAAGGAGGCUAUUGCAUUCCUUAGGAGGGGCCAAACAGCUACUUUCUACCGGCUGAGUCAGGUGAACCGUUCCAUGCGGGCGGGGACCAGCAUAUGAGAAAAGGGCAAGGACGGAGGAGGUAUUUAUUUGUUCUCUUUCAAGACUAAAUUUAGGGCCCUUCGUCUGCAGACCCAUUGGCGGACUGUGUCUUGGGAACCCUCUUGGCCUCUGGAAGAGCAAAGAACGGGGGCCAGUUUUCCGCAGCAAAAGGUACGGCCCGUCUGGGCUUCCUCCCGUCUGUGUAUUUCCUAGCCCCCAAACGACAGAGCCAUAUGGCUUCCGCGGUCUGGGGGAGUGCUCCCUGGUGGGGCCCACCGCCCCCAGCCCCAGCCCGGCCGCUCACGGACAUCGACUUCUGCUCUGCGGCGCAGCUGCAAGAACUAACCCAGCUGAUCCAGGAGCUGGGUGUGCAGGCGAGCUGGAGUGAAGGUCCCAAUCCAGGACCAGAUCUCCUCCAGGCCAAGGACUUUGUUUUCUCUUUGCUUGGUCUCGUUCACCGCCGGGACCCUCGCUUUCCUCCUCAGGCAGAGCUCCUGCAACUUCGUUGCGGGAUUCGCGAGGGCUCCCUGGAUCUGGGGCCUGCGCCUCUAGGUCCCUACGCUCGGGGACCUCACUACGACGCCGGCUUCACACUCCUGGUGCCCGUGCUUUCGCUAGAUGGCACUGGGCAGGAGCUGCAACCGGACGUGGGAUCCUGUUACACAUGGCUCUUCCUCCCAGAGCAGGUACGCGGAACCUCGGUCCGGGAGGCAUGGCAGGAUUGCCUAGGACCCCCAGUCCCAGGAGGACGUGAUUCGAUCCACCCAGCCCAAAGCAAAGAAACUCCCAAGGAUCCGCAAAUCUCUGUGGACCACUUACACGUCACUGAGCCUGAGGCACACGAGUCUUUGGAAAACUCACCUAGUAAUGUUUCAGUGCCAGAGUUGCCUCAACAAGACGUAACCGAUGUUGGCUUUCCCUCACCACUGAAAAAAACGAAUGGUGACGUCACCAAAGCAACCGACGUUAGCCCAGUGCCACAGCCGUUGGAGGCUCCGGAGGCAUGGCCCACAUUGUGCCCCGCCCAGGUGGCUGCCUGGUUCUCUGCUUCGCUGGCUGCGGUCACUGAGUCCCCGUUUCCGGUUCCGGGUGCCCCGCGCUUGGUCCACGCAGCCCGCCACGCGGGGGUCACCACCAUCCUCCUGGCUACGCCCGGGCCCCCGCGCCGCCUCCUGCUUUUCGACUUGAUCCCCGUGGUGUCCGUGGCCGGCUGGCCCCAGGGGCCUCGGAGCCACUCGUGGGCCGGCCCGCUGGCCUCGGAGUCGUCUUCCUUCUACCUGGUGCCCGGCGGCGGCGGCGGCACAGAGCGGCCGGACGCCUCCGGCUGGCAGCUCUGCUUCGCCUGCCAAGAGCUGGCGCUCAAGACGCGCAUAUCCGUUCCCCUGCUGCAAGGGCACGCGGCGGCCCAGGCGCUGCUGCGCCCUCUGGUGGCCGGGACUAGGGUCGCGACGCCCUACCUCCUGCGGACGUUGCUCUACUGGGCGUGUGAGCGGCUGCCCGCGCCCUAUCUGGCGCGAGCCGAGAAUGCGGGCGCCUGCUGCCUCGGGCUGCUGGAUGAGCUGGGCCGGGUGCUCGAGGCCGGGACGCUGCCCCACUAUUUUCUGAGUGGCCAAAAGCUCCGUGCGGGGGACGGCGCCGCUUCGCUGCUCGGGGCGUGCCCUGCCCGCGCCCUGCGCGCCGCUGUGGAAGAGGCCAAGGCUGCACGCAAGGGGGGCGUCUUAGCGGGCGUGGGAGGCGGGGCCCAUUAAAGACGCUGUUCCUACUAACCUGGAAUGUGCUUCUGUUGGCCAGCGGGAUGUGAAAGGGACUGCUCUCCCCUCACCUGGGAGACAGGCUGAGCGCUUUGGGCCCGAAGAGCCCGUUCUACAAGGCCUCCUCGCCGGUUCCUCCGCUUCCUCCCACCCUCCUCCCGCCCCAUCCCUGGCACAGGUCGUUCCAUUCUGGCCUCUCCACUUUCCAAAUCUGUGGUCAGCACCCCUCCCACUCCGGUGCAGCCUCUGGCAUCCAUCUCCCGCCAGUUCUUAUGGUCUUUUCUCCUAGGAGUCAAUAGGGAUGGGGGUAAUAUAUUUGCUGAAAAAACGUGUAAAGGAGAAAGGUAUGGAGACCAGGGACUGACCAAUUUGUCUCACACAAAAGCAGAGACAUUAAGGAGGCCGGAUUUCACCCCAGGCUAGACCUCACCACCACCGCUAUCUCUUCAGUUAUUCCCCCCACCUUCCUCGUCCAGUUCUGUCCUCCAUCCCGGGCAGUAGGGUCCCUUUCUCCAUUCUCGGGGCAUCCGCCAUUCCAUCUAUCUAAGCCCAACCUCUCCCCCCAUCCAGAGUUCCAUUCAGUGGAGUCGCCUCCUUGUCCCUCCUCCUCUGAACCCCGAGACGUGCGAGACAUGCGGCCUUGCCUCGGCUCCGCCUGUCUCUAAGACCGUCGCCACUCCCUGCCUCCAAGGAACCCCGGGGUUCCGCCCGCCCAGCUUCACCUCCCCCUCUUUCCCGGCGUCUACGCCCCCUGCCCCGC